AUGGACACAAAUUUAAAGAUAAACUUGGCUUGUUUACGAUGUAGAGCAAAGAAGAGCAAGUGUAUCACUAGCGAUGGCAACGUUGACGGCCGCUGUGAUGCUUGUAACAAAGCAAAUGUACACUGUGAUUGGCCAUCUGGUAGACGUCGCAAGCGUACACGUAAAGAGAUGGAAGCCGCACGGCAGAGAGAUACAGAUCAGUCGACAGACCAAUCAACGUCAUCUUCAAUCAAUCUCAUGCAAGCUGUGACUAAUCAAAUCACUUACAUUGAUGACACUGGCGGCGGUGAUGAGCUCAAGCUGUAUUAUUAUAGAAUGUCUGGCUCUACCGCUCUUCACCCAGGCCUCAACAGAAUCUGCAUAAAACUCAAACAUAAGCCCAUGACGCAGCAAAUUUCUCCCCGAUCUAUCCUCCUCGACGGCCUCCCUAACAUCCCAAACACUUCAAACAACGCCUUCUUCGAUCCCAUUUCCAAGAUGCCCACUCCAUCCACCUACGGUCCUUUACUCGACAUAUUCUUCCGUGAUCUCGUUCAAUUUUUUCCUUUCCUCGAGAGAGGUUCCGUUGAAUCCAGACUCCGCAAUGGCACCAUGUCCGCUUUUCUCGUCAACGCCAUUUGUGGUACCGCAGUCCGCUUUGUUCCGCCCCCUGAUAUGAACCCCGUCCAAGCGAGCUUGCCCUAUAUCCAACAAGCGAAUACCCUGCUAAUAGAACUACUUAGACUACCUACAACUGACACCGUCGCCGGCCUUUUACUUCUCAGCUACUGCGAAUUCGGUCAAAACUCCGAGAGUGGUUUAUGGCAGUUCUCCGGUAUGGCUAUCCGAAUGGCCUUUGAUUUGGGUCUCCAUAAUAGCACUGUCGACGCCCUGUUCGAAUCUCCAGAUGAAGCUCGCCGUGCAAGGCUCCUCUUUUGGACUCUCUUUGUCAUGGAUAGAGUGCUGUCCUUUGGUACCGGUAGACCUUCGUCUAUGUCUGAGAAUGUCGAGAUCACCCUACCGGAAUCAUCCCACCAGCCACCUCUACCUGCGUUCGUUCCUUUUGCUCCUCCAAAUCAAAUACCAUGGUGCUUUCCUGUCGCUGUCAAAAUGAUUAUUCUAGUUGGAAGAAUAAGUGAUACACUUAAUUGCAGGGACGUCCUCAGGAGGCGCAGAUCGAAUGACACUCAAGACGUCGAAGCACAGAACAAUGAUCGCAGACACUUCCUUGAAGCUCAGUUGAGAGACUUUUACACCAAUCUGCCCUCGGAUAUUAAGUGGUCUGUCGAGAACUUGAAAUUACACGCUGCGAAUGGCCAAGGUGGUUUAUACUUGUUCAUCCACUUGUGGUACAACGCUGUACUGGCAUUUGUUGAUCAACAUCAAACGCCAGGCUCAAACGUCACAGAAGCGUCACUCAAAAGCUCACUAAAUUCAGCACAGAUGAUAUCAGAGUGUCUUGUCUUUGCUGACCUAUUCACUAACCAAAGUUAUCUUGCAUCGCCAUUUAUUUCACAACCGUUAUUUAUUGCUGCAUGUGCAUUUGUACAUGAUGCCCGUGUAAAUCACAAUGUGUCUUUGGGACCGCUCAAGAAGUCUACAGAUUCAAACGAUCCUCUUUCCGUACCAGCUGAGGUGAAUGCUGAUAAAGGCACAGGAUUGCUAGGAACAAUUUCUGCUCAAAACUUCUUUAUAGUGUACAAAGCACUCAAAAGAAUGACCAUUCCUUGGCAGGGUAUAGGUUAUAUUGUUAAUCUCUUAGAACAACGAGCAUCAGUCAGUGGUUUAGACCAAGUUGACUUCUCUCUAACAUCAGACGCGAUUCAAUCAUUCAUAUCCCUACCUGAUAGUGGAAUAGUGCAAAAAUUGUCAAGAACUCCACCUCAGAAACCUUCACCACCAACUACUGCAACUCAAACUCCAACUAUAGGCCCGGAAGUUGCACCUGCGAUGGAAUACGCCCCCGCUGAAUCAAACACGAGCAGUAACCAAGGCAUGGAUAAUCUACCAUCACUCAAUCCACCAAAUAUUUCCAUGGAAGAGUUGUUAUCGAAUCAUUUCAUACAGGAGAUAACAGCGUCGCCAACAUCAUUUGAUUUUGGUAGCUUCUUUGGAAAUGAGAAGAUUUGA